AUGGCUCCAUGGUACGUUUGUAUAGUCACGACUGACGGAUCUGACUCCCCCUCACCUCACACACUAAACUCCCCAUCACCUUACACACCAGACUCCCCAUCUCUUUACACACUAGACUCUCCAUCUCUUUACACAUCAGACUCCCCAGCUCUUUACACACCAGACUCCCAAUCUCCUUACACACCAGACUCCCCAUCUCCUUUCACACCAGACUCCCCAUCUCCUUACACACCAGACUCCCCAUCACCUUACACACCAAACUUCCCACAUCCUUACACACAAGACCUCCCAACUCCUUACCCACCAGACUCCCCAUCUCCUUACACACCAGGCUCCCCAUCACCUUACACACCAAACUCCCCAUCACCUUACACACCAAACUCCCCAUCACCUUACACACCAGACUCACCAUCACCUUACACACGAGACUUCCCGUCUCCUUGCACACCAGACUCACCAUCACCUAACACACCAGACUUCCCACAUCCUUGCACACCAGACUCCCCAUCUCCUUACACACCAAACUUCCCACAUCCUUACACACAAGACCUCCCAACUCCUUACCCACCAGACUCCCCAUCUCCUUACACACAAGACUCCCCAUCUCCUUACAUACCAAACUCCCCAUCACCUUACACACCAGACUCACCAUCACCUUACACACGAGACUUCCCGUCUCCUUGCACACCAGACUCACCAUCACCUAACACACCAGACUCCCCAUCACCUUACCCACCAGACUCCCCAUCACCUUACACUCCAUACUCCUCAUUUCUUUACAAACCAGACUCCCCAUCUCUUUACACACCACACUCUUCAUCACCACUCCUCAUCCCCUUACGCACCAGACUCCCCAUCGCCUUACAAACCACACUCAACAUCUCCUUACACACCAGACUCCCCAUCUCCUUACACACCUGA